UUUGUUAACCAUUGAGCCACAACGGGAACUCCUAACCAGCCUUUUUAAAUGAAUGCUAUAUUGUAGACCAGUUUGUAUGUCUUAUUUGUUAUUAAAUAUAAACUCUGUUAAUUGAGUAAUUUAAAGAUUUAUAUAGUUUUUAAAGUUUUGUGUAAUUCUAUUGCAUGUUUUUCAGUAAAAAUGAUGAAAAGAAAGAAAAGAAACCAGCUGUCAGUGUUUUUGCCAUGUUUCGCUAUUCGAACUGGCUUGAUGUGUUGUAUAUGUUGCUGGGGACUACGGCUGCCAUCGUGCACGGAGCUGGACUGCCCCUCAUGAUGCUGGUUUUUGGAGAAAUGAUAGAUAGCUUCGCAAGUGUAGGAAAUUUGGCACACAUAAAAAUUCCCAAUGUAACUAGUGGAAGUGAGUAUUGUUCCUGGUACUGGUUUUAUUGGAAGUGUGAAGAAAUAUCAGUCACUAUGAAUGAAGUUUGUGGAGCUCUUACUAAAUAUGCACUAGUGUAUUCAGUGCUGUACAGAACCUGUGCAGUGUUCUUAUUGUUUUUCAGGUACGCCUAUUAUUACAGUGCCAUUGGUGCUGGCGUGCUUGUUGCUGCUUACAUCCAGGUUUUGUUCUGGUGCCUGGCAGCCGGAAGACAAAUAUACAAAAUCAGAAAACGUUUUUUUCAUGCUAUCAUGCAGCAGGAGAUAGGCUGGUUUGAUAUGCAUGAUGUUGGGGAGCUUAACACCCGGCUCACAGAUGACAUCUCCAAAAUUAAUAAUGGAAUUGGUGACAAAAUUGGAGUGUUCUUUUAGUUACUAGCAACGUUCGUCAUUGGUUUUAUAGUAGCAUUUUCACGUGGUUGGAAGCUGACUCUUGUGAUUCUGACCAUCACUCCUGUUCUUGGUCUGUCAGUUGCUGUCUGGGCAAAGAUACUGUCUUCAUUUACUGAUAAAGAACUCUUGGCCUAUGCAAAAGCUGGAGCAGUAGCUGAAGAGGUCUUAGCAGCCAUUAUAACUGUGAUUGCAUUUGGAGGACAAAAGAAAGAUCUUGAAAGGUAUAACAAAAAUUUGGAAGAAGCCAAAAGGAUUGGAAUAAAGAAAGCUAUUACAGCCAACAUGUCUAUUGGUGCCGCUUUCCUGUUGAUUUAUGCAUCCUAUGCCCUGGCAUUCUGGUAUGCCACCUUGGUCCUCUCAAAUGAAUAUACUAUUGGACAAGUAAUCACUGUCUUCUAUUCUGUGUUAACUGGGGCUUUUAGUAUUGGACAGGCCUCUCCAAGCAUCGAGGCAUUUGCAAAUGCAAGAGGAGCAGCUUAUGAAAUAUUCAAAAUCAUUGAUAGCAAGCCAAGCAUUGACAGCUAUUCGAAGAAUGGACACAAACCAGAUAACAUCAAGGGAAAUCUGGAAUUCAGAAACGUUCACUUCAGUUACCCAUCUCGAAAUGAAGUUAAGAUCUUGAAGGGGCUCAACUUGAAGGUAGAGAGCGGGCAGACAGUGGCCCUGGUCGGGAACAGCGGCUGUGGGAAAAGCACGACGGUCCAGCUGAUGCAGAGGCUCUAUGACCCCACGGAGGGCGUGGUCAGUAUUGACGGACAGGACAUCAGGACGAUCAACGUAAGGUAUCUGCGGGAAAUUAUCGGCGUGGUGAGCCAGGAGCCCGUGCUCUUUGCCACCACGAUAGCUGAGAACAUUCGCUAUGGCCGGGAAAAUGUCACCAUGGAAGAGAUUGAGAAAGCUGUGAAGGAAGCCAACGCCUAUGACUUUAUCAUGAAACUGCCUAACAAAUUUGACACCCUGGUUGGAGAGAGAGGGGCCCAGCUGAGUGGUGGACAGAAGCAGAGAAUCGCCAUCGCUCGGGCCCUGGUUCGUAACCCGAAGAUCCUCCUGCUGGAUGAGGCCACGUCAGCGCUGGACACGGAGAGUGAAGCGGUGGUUCAGGUGGCCCUGGAUAAGGCCAGAGAAGGCCAGACCACCAUUGUGAUAGCCCAUCAUUUGUCCACAGUUCGCAAUGCUUAUGUCAUUGCUGGUUUUGAUGAUGGAGUCAUUGUGGAGAAAGGCAGUCAUGAUGAACUCAUGAAGGAGAGAGGCGUUUACUUCAAACUUUUCACAAUGCAGGUAUAGACUAAGUCUAGUGCAAUGAAAUUAGAAAAUGCAGUUGGUGAAGCUGAUGUCUUGGACAUGUCUCCAAGAGAUUUUGGAUCUAGUCUAAUAAGAAGAUCAACUCUCAAGAGUGUUAAGGGACCUCAAGGCCAAGACAGAAAGCUUAGUACAAAAGAGAGCUUGGAUGAACACGUACCUCCAGUUUCCUUUUGGAGGAUUCUGAAGCUGAAUAUAACUGAAUGGCCUUAUUUUGUGGUUGGCAUAUUUUGUGCCAUUAUAAACGGAGGUCUGCAACCAGCAUUUUCAAUAAUAUUUUCAAGGAUGAUAGGGGUUUUUACAAGAAAUGAUGAUCGUGAAACCAAACGACAGCAUAGUAACAUGUUUUCACUCUUGUUUCUAAUGCUUGGAAUUAUUUCUUUUAUUACAUUCUUCCUUCAGGGCUUCACGUUUGGCAAAGCCGGAGAGAUCCUCACCAAGAGGCUGCGGUACAUGGUUUUCAGGUCCAUGCUGAGACAGGAUGUGAGCUGGUUCGAUGACCCUAAAAACACCACGGGAGCAUUGACGACCAGGCUUGCCAAUGAUGCUGCUCGAGUUAAAGGGGCUAUUGGUGCCAGGCUUGCUGUCAUUACCCAGAAUAUAGCAAAUCUUGGGACAGGCAUUAUUAUAUCCUUCAUCUAUGGCUGGCAAUUAACACUUUUACUCUUGGUGAUUGUACCCAUCAUUGCAAUAGCAGGAGUUGUUGAAAUUAAAAUGCUGUCUGGACAAGCACUGAAAGAUAAGAAAGAGCUAGAAGGUGCCGGGAAGAUUGCCACUGAAGCAAUAGAAAACUUCCGAACUGUUGUUUCUUUGACUCGGGAGGAGAAGUUUGAAUCUAUGUAUGACCAGAGCUUGCAGAUACCAUACAGUAACUCUUUGAGGAAGGCACACAUCUUUGAAAUCACUUUUUCCAUCACCCAGGCAGUGAUGUAUUUUUCUAACGCUGCCUGUUUCCAGUUUUGUGCCUACUUGGUACAACAUGGCCACAUGGACUUUCAGGAUGUUCUCUUAGUCUUCUAAGCUAUUGUCUAUGGUGUCAUGGCCAUAGGGCACAUCGAUUCAUUUGCUCCUGACUAUGCCAAAGCCAAAGUGUCGGCAGCCCGUGUCAUCACGAUCAUUGAAAAGGUCCCUCUGAUUGACAGCUACAGCACCACAGGCCUACAGCUGAAUACCGUGGAAGGAAAUCUGACAUUUAAUGAAGUUGUGUUCAACUACCCUCGGCCAGACAUCCCAGUGCUUCAGGGGCUGAGCCUGGAGGUAAAGAAGGGCCAGACCCUGGCCUUGGUGGGCAGCAGCGGCUGUGGGAAGAGCACGGUGGUCCAGCUCCUGGAGCGGUUCUACGACCCCUUGGCUGGAAAAGUGCUAAUUGACGGCAAGGAGAUUAAAGAACUGAACGUCCAGUGGCUCCGAGCACACAUGGGCAUUGUGUCCCAGGAGCCCAUCCUGUUUGACUGCAGCAUUGCUGAGAACAUCGCCUGUGGGGACAACAGCUGGGUCGUGUCUCAGGAGGAGAUCGUGCAGGCGGCCAAGGAGGCCAACAUCCACCCCUUCAUCGAGACACUGCCUGAUAAAUAUAACACCAGAGUGGGAGACAAAGGAACGCAGCUCUCUGGGGGCCAGAAACAGCGCAUUGCAAUAGCUCGUGCCCUUGUCAGACAGCCUCUUAUUUUGCUUCUGGAUGAAGCUACAUCGGCUCUGGAUACACAAAGUGAAAAGGUUGUCCAAGAAGCCCUGGACAAAGCCAGAGAAGGCUGCACCUGCAUCGUGAUCGCUCACCGCCUGUCCACUAUCCAGAACACAGACUUGAUCGUGGUGAUUCAGAACGGCAAAGUCCGGGAGCAUGGCACACACCAGCAGCUACUGGCACAGAAAGGCAUCUAUUUCUCCAUGGUCAGCGUCCAGGCUGGAGCAAAGCGUUCAUCAACUGUGACCAUAUGAGUUGUUAAAAUUGUCUAACAUUUGUGUUAAAAUAUGGUAUUUAGGAGUUCCCUUUGUGGCUCAGCAGUAACGAACCAGACUACUAUCCAUGAAGAUAGGGGUUCAAUCCUUGACCUCAUUCAGUGGGUUAAGGAUCCAGUCAGUGUUGUGGUGAGC